CUGUCCUCGUCACCCGCCCCCUUUCUCUCUCUCCCUCGCUCCUUCAGUCUCCAGUCUGCUUCUGUUGUCUCGGCGGCUGGUAGGGUCUGGGAGAGAGGAUCUCGCGAGUCUUGGAGUUUUGGUGAGAGUUUGUGGAAGAUGGCGCCUGUUGUGACAGGGAAGUUUGGGGAGCGCCCUCAACCACAGCGCCUGACGAGAGAAGCCAUGCGGAAUUACCUGAAGGAACGAGGAGACCAAACUGUGCUUAUCCUACACGCUAAAGUUGCACAGAAAUCAUACGGCAAUGAAAAAAGGUUUUUCUGUCCUCCCCCAUGCGUGUAUCUGAUGGGCUGUGGAUGGAAGAAGAAGAGAGAACAGAUGGAGCGAGACGGCUGCUCAGAGCAGGAAUCUCAGCCAUGCGCCUUCAUCGGCAUCGGCAACAGCGAUCAGGAGAUGCAGCAGCUAAACUUGGAGGGGAAGAACUAUUGCACAGCCAAAACAUUAUAUAUAUCAGACUCGGACAAACGCAAGCACUUCAUGCUGUCGGUGAAGAUGUUCUACGGCAACAGCGCAGACAUCGGCGUCUUCCUCAGCAAGAGGAUCAAGGUCAUCUCCAAACCUUCAAAAAAAAAACAGUCCCUCAAAAAUGCAGACCUCUGUAUAGCAUCAGGAACGAAAGUGGCGUUAUUUAACCGACUUCGCUCUCAAACAGUCAGUACACGUUACCUGCAUGUAGAGGGAGGAAACUUUCACGCCAGCUCACAGCAGUGGGGAGCCUUCUACAUCCACCUCUUGGAUGAUGAAGAGUCGGAAGGAGAGGAGUUCACUGUGCGAGACGGCUACAUUCACUAUGGCCAAACUGUCAAGCUUGUGUGCUCUGUGACUGGCAUGGCUCUUCCUAGACUGAUCAUCCGUAAAGUGGACAAGCAGACCGCUUUGCUGGAUGCAGAUGACCCUGUCUCCCAGCUGCAUAAGUGUGCCUUUUACCUGAAGGAUACGGAGAGGAUGUACUUGUGCCUUUCUCAAGAGAGGAUCAUCCAAUUUCAAGCUACUCCAUGCCCAAAGGAACCAAAUAAAGAGAUGAUAAAUGAUGGUGCCUCCUGGACAAUCAUCAGCACUGAUAAAGCAGAAUACACGUUCUAUGAGGGCAUGGGCCCUGUACACACCCCAGUCACACCUGUGCCUGUGGUCGAGAGCUUACAGUUAAAUGGCGGGGGGGAUGUAGCGAUGCUGGAGCUGACAGGACAGAACUUCACUCCAAGUCUGCGGGUGUGGUUCGGUGAUGUAGAGGCUGAAACCAUGUACAGGUGUGGGGAGAGCAUGCUGUGCGUCGUCCCAGACAUCUCGGCGUUCCGCGAGGGCUGGCGGUGGGUGCGACAGCCGGUGCAGGUCCCCGUGACGCUGGUCCGAAACGACGGUAUCAUCUAUUCGACGACGCUCACAUUCACAUACACGCCCGAACCCGGCCCCCGUCCGCACUGCAGCGCAGCCGGCGCCAUCCUACGAGCGGGCAACACCAGCUUGCUUUCCACGACUGGCAACAGCGUGGGAGGGACUGGAGAAACGACCCCCUAUGGAGCCAACAGCACGUCUAACGCCGUCACAGCGUCAUCCUCUAAUGCAGCCGCGGCUGUGGUGUUAUAACACACGCAGCAGUGCUCACAAACUCACAACGUACUAUGCGUGAAACAGAAGACUACAAACUAUUUGUAAAAGUGCUGCAUAUUGAGUUUCAAAAUAAAAUCCCUUAACAGCGGAGACGGAAAUCAAGGGAUGGAUUGGCAAAAAAGGCAAAACCUGUGGCAAGGACAAAAUAUUUGAGAGAUGGUUCUCCUGUGCCCUCUUGUGGUUUUCUCUAAGGAGCCGGUCUGGUGCUAGCAAUAGACAAUGCCUGAGAGGAAACACCAGCAGGUGUCGAAGACAUGGAGACAAGACCACAGCAAUGAUACAUCAGCCAUGUACAAAAUGUGUCGACUGAAAAUGAUGUUUAGUCUUCAAUGUUCCUUCCUUCUGGUCUGUGUGUGCGAUUGGGUAAGAUGUAUCAUAACCUGGGAGGUCUAAACUCUUAGGAAAAGGGUCACAUUGAAAUUGUGAGAUGACAGUUUUUAUGGACCAAGGAUAUUGUAUAAGCUUUAGUAAAGGUACAUUUUUUUUUUCUUUUUUCUCCAUACCUUUUUUAUAUCAAACAUUAUAGUACACUUUUGUUACCAAAUAGGUUCUAUUCCUCCUCUGAGCUUCACCUCCUUUUUUUUUUUCUGUAUAUAGAUACUUCAUAUACAUCUGUUCGCUUGGACUCCUUCAGUUUUGAUACUUUGUAUUUUGUAAUACCGUUUUUUUUUUUUGUUUUUUUUUUUUUUUCUUUUCCAUACAGUUUUAGUUUUUAAUUUUUCAUUUGGGAGAAACUCAGAGGGCCUGUUUUUUAUCAUUCGUUUUUAUGAAGUCUUUAAAAAGAAAAGAGCUUUAAGCAAUGCCUCUGCCUUGCCUGCAUUACAAUAUGCGCUACGCUUCCUUUAAGCAUUUCAUUAUCGAUGUGUCUAGAUCUCACAAAAGGAACAAUGCCAUCUUUCUACGUCUUAUUCGGGAAUAUAAACCAGAAAACACAAUAUAGAAGAUUUGGAUGCAACGUGUCUCUUCGAUACGGUAGCCAUAGUGUAGUUCAUUUGCUCGAGGGCACAAGUAGGAUCUCACAUAUCAAUAUCAGAAAGUUCACUGUAGUUGGAUAAGUUCUGACACGAGUUUAGACUCCGACAGUUUUAGUGCUGUUUUAUAAUGUUUCCUUUCUAAAAUCCAGUUUUUUGUCUUCCUGAUCUUCCAUUUGCAUUUUCUAAAAUUUGAAAUGCUCUCAAAAACAGAUGAUUUGAAGACGUGCUCUACCAUUAGAUGUGGCCUUACUGGAACAAAGGUUCCUGCUUUAGUUCACCCCUUCAAAAGGAGGUUUACAAACGCGACCCGAGGAACCAAGCCUUGCAUUUUGAACAUUUUACAUGCGAUUUUGUGAUAUUUAAACUCCCUAAACUUUAUUUUCGUUUGGAUUUAGAAGAUCUAAAUCUGUAAUAGAUACGAACAUACCCAAAGAUAUUAUAUUGCAUUGUUGUCUUUUUUUUUUUUUUUUUUUUUUUUUUUUAAAUAUUUGAAGAGUAUGUUGGGAUUUGUGGCCUCUCGCACACCAAAAGUAGGAAGCUUUACUCCGUUGGUCAUUGAUGUGUUUAUCGUGGCCUUGGUGUCUCACCAACAAGUAGACUAGUAUUAAUGACAACAACAAAAAAAAACAACCUAGCUGUAAUGAACUCAUCAGCCAGCACUAAUAGUGUUUUGUGACUUUCUUUUUUAUGUACAGUAAUUUAACUUUUGAAUUUUAUGCAUCCAUUUGUAAGAAAAAAAAAAGAAAGAAAGAAAAAAAAAAAGAAAGAAAAAGUGAAACCAUUCAGCCAUUUUUUUUCUGUGUCUGUGGCUCUUAACCCAGUUAUGUCCUUGGUGUUUCUUGUCAAAACGGUUGGGUGUUUAGUGUCCGAGUUUGUCCUUACAUUGUAUGCUAAUGUCUGGAUAGUAAUUGGACAUCAUGGGACUAGAAACAUGGAAGUUAAUGGCCUUUAAAUGUGUGUGUCUCAAAGAUGUAAGCAUACAGCAAUACUGUAUAGGUCACUUUGUGUGUCUUGGUCUGUGGAAAUAGCCACUGAUUUUUCACCAGCCUGAUCCACAACGUAUGUGGUCAUGAAGAACAGCUGGCUCAACUAGAGUCAUAUUCACUUUCUUUACACUUCCUCCUCCUCUUCUUCAUACUAAUUUAAUCAGACACCUUUUUGGUAGGUUUGUAGAUUUGCGUGGAUCCUGCACUGUCUUCCUUACUUGUAAAAUCUGUAGUGUUGUACAAGUAGGCGACCCGUCAAAUAAGGCAAUACUCCAGCAUUGUAGGCCUAUAAUGUAGUUUAUUUCGGGGGAAAACUGUAACUUGAAUGUUUCUGCAAAAAAAAAACAAAAGAGAGAAAAAAAGAAGAAAAAAAUUCACGUGUUGCCUCCACUAGAUUUUUCUUUUCAUCAUUAGCAUCAUCAUCAUCCCUCUUUCUUUCUCCGUGACAGCCUCUUUGCAAAAAUCUUCCAUGAGGUAGUUUAACCUGAAACUCUUGCACUCGGUUUCCCAGAAUUCUCGCAUUAUAGUCUUCUUCCAUUUUACAAUCUUCUUGCAAAUUCAGAAUCGUAUAAACGCACACUUCCAUUUGGGGGAAGAUGGCACUGGGCAAAAGCAUGGAUGCAUUUUUUUUACAGAUAUUUUGUCCAUUUAAUUUGUUAUAUUUGAUGGUUUUUAACUAAAGUCACUGUCAUUGUAAGAGCUUCCAUUCAAGCAAUGUGGUGUUGUCCUUUUAUGUCAUUUUUUCCCAUUAUUAUUCAAAUGCUUCCCUUGAUUUAUAGGGGAUCACGACCCCAAAAAAAGACAAAAACAAGUGCUUUAAGCCGGUCCGCCUUGAAAUGAUACAGCAUCGUUGAAACAACUCCUACACAAACGAAAGAAAGUGAUUAAUUCAGACCAUAAAUUCAGUUUGACUUUAUCAUGUUUUUGUUAGCAUAGCACAAUAUUAUCAUCAUUUAUGCAUUUAUAGUGAGAACAUUUCUGAACCGCUCCGUCAGUCUGAUCGCUGCCUCUGUUCCACGUUUUGUUGACAUUGUGGAUUUGCUCAGCUCUGCCCCUCCCUUACCAUGGUGGUAUGGUGGUAAUGUGCAUUAUGUUGCUCUCUGAACAAACCGAUUGACAAUCUUACUGUUUACAUUUUUUGAAGGUGUUGAGCUUUAGAAUGAAGGACUUGUUCAGACCCAUAUCUGAAACUGACAUGUUGCGCUGUGUAUUUUAAUUGCUCAGAAAAUUGGAGGAUAACAAAAUCCAUAAAUUUGCAUUAUAUAAUUUUUCUGUCAGUUAUAAAUCAAUGGAAGAGCUUGAAACAUUUUUUUUUUUUCAUUAAUUGUCCAAGGCAUGUAUGUAGAGGUCAUGUGCCGAGCCUUAAAAACACAUUUAAUGGCAAAUCUGAGUCUUUUUUUUUUUUCUCCAUUAACUUUGCUCUUCCAAAAAACAACUAUUUUUGUGCUUAAUGAGCUCUGAUCAAUGUAUAGGUGAUAUGCCAAAUGUCUUAUACUUACAUUUCCAUGCACUGCUUUUCAAACAUGGCACCAGAGGCAGCUUUUAAAGAUAUCUCAAUAGUUAUAGAAGAGAGAAAGAUGAAAAUAAAUGCUUAUGUACUGUAGACAAACUGUGGUAACUUUAGCGGUUCUCUAGUUCCAUACAAAGAGCUUGAAUUGGUCAUAAUGUUGUCUUGCUUUGCCUUUUGGACGUGAACAUGUAAUCAAAGGCUUAAAUAGGGCACAACUUUUUCUGUUUUACCAUCGGGAGAGUUUUGUGGCCGCAUGUGUUAUACUGCAUCGCGUCACGUUAUAAUGCCUCUAGGACAGUUUUAGUUUUGUAAUUCACCCUUUCCGCUGGUUUUGCACUUAGAGAAAACCACAUUUGUCUAGAUUAGUUGCUUACAGUCACUUUUCAUGUAAACCAAUCCUGCUGUGCCUAAUUUGAUGCUCUGUGCUAGGCUUUAUGUGUGCAGCUCGUCCUCCACCCUUCUUAAGCUUUCACUUCCCAUUUGUCAGUGUCAUUUUUUUUUUUCUGCUCUCUUUUCUUCUUUGUCUGUUCUAGUUAUAAUAUUCAGAGGUAUCAGUAUGGUAGCAAUCUCAGUUCUUAAUGGGCCGCUGAUGUUAGGAUCAUGUGCCCUCAUGUGAAACAAGGAGAAUUAGUUCUGUUUCAUUUGUCUGUUUGUUUGAUUUUGUACAUAUUGCACCUGCUCAGUUCCAUAUGUCAUUAAAUAAUAAAACUGCAAUAUUGGCAUACAAAUCUAGAAAUAAAAGUGAGAUUUAUUUCCA